AACAUGAUAUUGUGCACAAUACAUGUAUUCAACAAACACAACUCUAACAAUCACAACUUCCAAACGACCCCUUAGUUUAAGGUUUAGCGGUUCUUUUUUAUUGAUUUCUUUUCAUUCUUUCUUUUCUGCCGCCAAUUCACGAGAAGCUGGUUGAAAGAGAACAAACCCUGAACCCUACUCAUCGCCGCUGCCGUCGAAGCCUGUGUUCCCGCCCUUUCUUGGUUCAGUUUCUGUUCUUGAACAAUAUCGGCGAUGGAUGAACCGCCGAUCCCGGUCACCGGACACUGGGGCGCUCCAGAUUCCUACAUUAACGUCUUCCUCGACACCAGCCUCGAUACUCACUUGGCCUUGGACAUGGUAGUCUCUCCAUCCAACACCGUCGCCGAUCUCAAGAAGAAAAUUCUGGACAAGCAUCCCCUGUGCUUCCCCAAGUUUGGAGAAAUAAAAAUUGACGCAUUGAAGGUCAAAAAGAGAGGGGUUUACUAUAAUUUGGCAGAGUCAAUUCUUCUUAAAAGUGUCUUUGAUGGGGUGAAGAAAGGUUGGUUUGUUAGUGUUGAAGCUUCUAUUGUUUCUAAGGAUAAUGAGAUUGAGCCUAAAGAGGCCAAAUUUGCCUUAGUGACCAUGAAUAAUGGUUUCGAGGAUAAAGUUGCUGGGGGAGUUCAACUUGUGGGUGGAGAUGUACGAGGUGACAAAGUUUUUUCGUUGGUUCCCUUGAUUAGUGAUGAAUCUCUCAGAGAGAAGAAAUGUGAUGAAGAAGAAGCUCAGGAGAUGCAUGUUGAAAGAGCAGAAAUGGGGAAGGAGUUGGCUAACAUUGAUGCAGGCAGCAUAUUGCCAGAAAGAGCUUCUGGUGUGAAGGAAAAUCAUGAGAAGAGGAAGAGAAGUAAAAAGGGGGCAGAUAAACGUGAGAAGAGGAAGAGAAGCAAAAAGGGGGCAGAUGAUCUUUCUGGUAAAGACGUUGAUGUGUCAAUGCACAAAUUUGGACCAAAAAGUGAAUUGGUUGUUGGCAAUGUGCAGAUCUCAGACCAAAAUGUUGCUGGUAUACAAACUGGAGGGGUAAUUUCUUUAGCUGAGGAAUCUGAAGCUCAAGUGGUACAUGUGGAAUUUUCCAAAGAUGGAUCCAAGGGUUCUAUAGUUAAUGAAAUCGAGGAAAAUUUACACCAUCUACAUGUAGCAAACAAGAGGCUUAAAACCGGAAAGGAGAUAGACGAUGAAGCUUCUUUAAGAGAUAGCAGCACUAUUGUUUUGGAAUUUAGUGGAAUGACUUGUAAGCGUCCUGUUCUAUCUCAGCUAUCUACAGUAGAUGAGCAACAAAAUGUGGUUUCUACUCUGAAAAUUCCAAAUGCUGGCUCUGUGGAAGCAUUCGAUCAAUUGGCUAGCCGAAGCUUGGUGAAGAAGAAACGAAAAACGAAGUCUUCUAAGAAAGUAGAUAGAAAAACUGCUGGAUUAACUCCUGAUGAGGCCAAUGCUGGUAAAGAGAUACAUCUAAAGGAAGCUGGAAUUGACAGUGGCAAUGUGUUGCAUCCUUCUGCUGUUUCUUUGACGAAGAAGGACCCUGAUCCUCCUCAAGAGCAACAUAACAUUAUUCUUUCACAAGAAGCUCAUCAUGUUACGGAUUAUUAUGCCACUGAUAUUCCAUCUAGAGAAGCCGAGAAAGUAUGCAAGGCUGAGAGCUCUAUUCAUGAAGCUUCUAAAAAGGGAGAUGUGAAAGAAGCAGCGACAGCUAAUAGUCUGAGGGCUUCUCUUUUGGUUACAAAUAAGGAAAUAGAGGAGGUUAUAAAUAACGUCAUGGAAUCUGCACAGCCAACCAAAAAAAGUGAAGCUGUGGUAGAAAACGAAGAAGGCAAACCGAGGAAGAAAACAAAGAAGAAACAUGGUGCAGAUGAGCAGGCAGAGAUUAGGUCUCUUUCAGAUAAGGUUGUUAGUGAUACAGAAAAUGCCAGAGAGGUUGACGGAGUAAACUUUCGAUCUUAUUUCAUUCCUAAAGACCAGAGUCAGAAGACUGCAGACCCUAGUGAGGUCACUGGAGCUUGGUCUCAAAUGAAAAGUAAAGAGAAAAGGGAAGUGAAAGUGGUAAACCUGCAUGAGAUAUCUCCAAAGUUACCUGGGCCUCCAACUUCGAAGGAGGAACUUGAAGCCCAAGCAAUUCCUCAGGAGAAGAAACCAGAACCGUCGUCAUCUGCUAAAGGAGAUAAUCGAAAACCUCACUGUGAAGCGACUCAAGAAUCAAGUGCUCCGACUCGUCAAAAUAGUGUUAAGCCAAAGAAGGCCAUAGAGCAUCAUCAUUCUGAUAGUCCGACAAAUACUUCCCACAUCAAAAGUGGAUCACUAUCCAAGAGUAAUUCAUCUGGUGAUGGCUUGGAAAGAUAUCAUUUUCCAUAUCCACUCAACCAAUCACCUGCCACCUCCCCGGGGACGCAUCCCGAUCUCUCAGUAUCUCCUGUCUACUCGGAUGGGGAAAGUGGUGCAGUUUUCGACAGCAUGAAGAGAAAUGGUAUUAGUGGUCAAGAAGGCAUGAAGACAUCAUUCUCCUCAGGGAUUCCACUGGACACAACUCCUGAAAGUACAAAAAAGAGAUACAAAAAGGCCAAGCUGGAUGUUGAAUCACAGUAUGAGGAUUUGGUCCCCUUGAGUCCGAGUAUAUAA